CGCUCAGGAUCGAUUACUAGAGUCUGUUCAGCGGCUUAUGGCGGUGUUGUGACAAGAUAGGAGCGCGUAGUAAUUUGUUUUCCACACUACAUUCAUCCAGAAGUGAGCAUGGGUCGUCACUCUUCAGACAGUGAUGACAACAGGAGGAGCAGGAGGAAGAGGAGGCACAGACAGAGAUCUUCCUCCUCCAGCAGCUCCUCUGGGAGCAGAGUGACCAGCCGCAGCAAACACUCCAGAGAGGGAACCAGAGAAACAAACAGGAGGCGCAGGCAUCGCUCUAGCAGUAGCUCCACCAAAGACUUGAGCCACAGGAGGCGGAGCCAUAGCAGAGACAGGGGAGGGCGCAGCCAUAGGUCCCAUAGAUCUCCCAGUCGAAGUAGAAGGUCUCACUCCCGUCACCGGAGGUCUCGGAGUCACAGCAGAAACAGGGACCACAGCCAGCGCAAAACUAGAGAAAAGGACAGGACACGAGACAAAAAUAGGGACAAAGGCAGAGAAGCCGAAAAAGUCAAAGAAAAGGAGAAACAUAGGGACAAAGGAAGCAACAAAGCUGGAUUAGAACAUCUGACACCUGCGGAACAUGCCAAAUCACGACUCCAGCUUGUACUUCAAGCGGCAGCAAAAGCCGACGAAGUACUGAAAGCAAAGGAAAAGGUGGACGAGCAAAAUAAAAUAAAAGAGGAAGUAGAGGAAGUCACUCUGGCGGAGCAGGUGAGGAGAAUAAAGAACAUCGAGGCCAUCGAGAGCGACUCUUUUGUUCCUCAGGCUUUCAAAUCAUCUCGGGAUACCGUCAAGGCGGCUGAGACGUCAGAGAUAAAGAGCGAGUCAGAGACUGCCGCUGUGAAAGAAACCACCUCUCUGCCCACUUCCAUCACAUACAAUGACAGCGACGGCCUGGCUCACCCCAGUUUAUUCUUGGAUAAAGAGCAGGCAGAGAAGAUGUGGGUGAGCAGACUUAUUUCUCUUCGUCACGAGAGACUCAUGGGAAGUCCGGUACCCUGAUGACGCCCCACAACCGCUGUUAACGCAGUAUAAACAUAAUUAUUGGAUCUAUUGUAAUGCUAUCAGACUUUUCCUGUUUUAUGAAUCUGUUCUUUUAACAUCAAACACAUUUUAGUGACCGGCUGUUGCUUUCUAACUUCACACUGUUCUUAGGAUUUGGUUUCUCUUCUGUCCCAAUUCUGUAUGCUGGAACUUAGAAUAAAGUGCAACUGCACCACCUGGUGGUUUAAGUGGGAAAUAUGUACAUAACCUCAAGUGUGUCAAUGGAUAUUCAUUGAUAAGUCCUGUUCAGCUGUGGGUGUUAUGCUUUCCUAAUUUUUCUUUUUUUCUUUAUUAAAAUACAUCAAUACAGUA